GACUGUCUACGUUUGUGUAGUUUGAAACACGCCUAGUCUGUCGAAAAAGAAAAAUGCGCAAAUUGCCAUCGCUUUUGUGUACGAUCCCUUUGGAAUAGAUAUCCAUGCGUAAAUAACAAUUUAUUCGUUAAACAAUGAACAUUUGAUUCAAAAUAAGCAUUUAUAAUUCCGUUUUAGCGAAGCAAGGCCUCAGGUCGUUUAUCUGGUCUUUACUUUAGGACAGCGAGGAUAACCAGCCUGCCGCUCUCCUUCCACACUGAGCCCAAGCCUAUACUGACUGGGUCCUGAAGUUCCCUGGUCACCGCAGGAGAGAUGGCAUCAGUGAAAGAAAGCAGUCAAACACUCCGGCUGAAUAUCAUCACAAAAGAUAUAGAAGAGGAAGUGAAGAUUUGGGAAUGCGAUGAUUACGCAGAAGAGAGUCCAGAGAUGGCGUCAGUGAAGAUGGCAGACAGCACUCAAACACUGGGGCUGAAUGUCACCUUUAAAGAAGAGGAGAAGGAUGACUUUGGGGAAUCUGAUCAUGGAGAGACCCCUAAAUCCUCUGACCAAGUUGAGACAUUUCCUGCUUCAGUCAAGCAACAUCGGAAGGUGAGCAAAGCUAAGAGGUCUCACCACUGUCCUCACUGUGAGAAGAGUUUCCCGUUCCUUUCAUAUCUUGAAAGACACGUGCGUAAACAUUCUGGAGAGAAGCCUUAUUCCUGCUCUGACUGUGGGAUGAGUUUCUCUCAACUGAGUGGCUUGAAUGUGCACCAGCGAACACACACUGGAGAGAAGCCUCACCACUGUCCUCACUGUGAGGAGAGUUUCCCAUUCCCAUCAUAUCUUGAAAGACACCUACGUAAACAUUCUGGAGAGAAGCCUUAUUCCUGCUCUGUCUGUGGGAUGAGUUUCUCUCAACGCAGUGGCUUGAAUGUGCACCAGCGAUCACACACUGGAGAGAAGCCUCACCACUGUCCUCACUGUGAGGAGAGUUUCCCAUUCCCAUCAUAUCUUGAAAGACACCUACGUAAACAUUCUGGAGAGAAGCCUUAUUCCUGCUCUGACUGUGGGAUGAGUUUCUCUCAACUGAGUGGCUUGAAUGUGCACCAGCGAACACACACUGGAGAGAAGCCUCACCGCUGUCCUCACUGUGAGGAGAGUUUCCCAUUCCCAUCAUAUCUUGAAAGACACCUGCGAAAACAUUCUGGAGAGAAGCCUUAUUCCUGCUCGGUCUGUGGGAUGAGUUUCUCGCAACUGAGUGGCUUGAAUGUGCACCAGCGAACACACACUGGAGAGAAGCCUCACCGCUGUCCUCACUGUGAGAAGAGUUUCCCAUUCCCAUCGUAUCUUGAAAUACACCUGCGGAAACAUUCUGGAGAGAAGCCUUAUUCCUGCUCUGACUGUGGGAAAUGCUUCACAACAUCAAGUCAUCUAACCUCUCAUCGGAUAACUCACACAGGGGAGAAGCCUUACUCCUGCUCUGACUGUGGGAAGAGUUUCCCAUUCCCAUCAUAUCUUGAAAGACACCUGCGGAAACAUUCUGGAGAGAAGCCUUACUGCUGCUCUGACUGUGGGAAAUGCUUCACCACAUCACGCAAUCUAACACUUCAUCAGAGUGCACACAGGGGAGAAGCCUUACUAAUGAUCUGACUGUGUGGAAGAAUCUCAUCUGGACAGCCUGAACCUUCACAAGUAAACACACAGGAGAAAAACCUUACUCCUGCUCUAACUGUGGGGAAGGAUUUCACCUCACCAAGUCAUCUAACCGUUCAUAAGAGUGCACACAGGAGAAAAGCCUUAUCAAUGUUCUGAAUGUGGGUAGCUUCAAACACCACCAGCGAAUAAGUACAGGAGAGAAGUCGUACUCUUGUCCUGACUGUGAGAAGUGCUUCACCUCAUUGAAUCAGUUAAGUGUUCAUAGCACUAUAUCUGCAGCGUCUUUGCUGAUCAAUUACAUUGUAAAUGACAUUGUGCUGCCCUUUUUAUAGACCCGUGGAAGUCUUUCGAUUGUGUUGACCAAUUUUGGCGGCAGGUAGCCUAGUGGUUAGAGCGUUGGACUAGUAACCGAAAGGUUGCAAGAUCGAAUCCCUGAGCUGACAAGGUAAAAAUCUGUCGUUCUGCCCCUGAACAAGGCAGUUAACUGUUCCUAGGCCGUCAUUGAAAACAUGAAUUUGUUCUUAAGACUUGCCUACUUAAAUAAAGGUAAAAUAAAAAUUGACCUGGGUCAGGCAUCCUGCAUUUGGUUUGAAAACAACCUGACAGGGAGGACACUUCUGAUGGUGUUAAGUUUCCUUUAGUACUAAAGGUGUCCCCCCGUGGGUCGAUUUUGGGCCCUGUACUUUUUACUAUCUAUAUAAACACUAUUGGUUUGUAAGAAAUCGUUACCUCCACUUGUAUGUGGACGAUACUGUAGUGUAUUCUGUUGCUCCUUCUGUUUACAAGGCUCUUCCAGAACUACAAUCUGCCUUAUGCUUUGCAGAAAGCCUUUGUUGGUACUUAAUGCAGGUAACCAGGUAUGUUAUUUUCAAAAACACUUAAAUGUAUUUGAUGUUUUAUCCAUAUAUUCAUUGGAUGGUGACAACAUUGAUAGUGUCCCUGUUUAUAAUAAUAAUACAUGGGAUUUAUUUUCAAUGACCCAAAGUCGCUUUUACCAUUGUGGAAACUAUACAGAAAACAAGACGACGCCAAGACAACAGCAGGAAGAAACAAAACCAUGAAACCAAGGGGGAGGGGCUUAAAGGGAAACGAGUGUGAUGUCAGUGUGGGGGAGGAGUUUGGCUGCAGAGUUCUGAACCAUUUGGAGCUUAUGGAGGGAGCUUGCGUUGAUGCCUGGAAAUUAGUGAGUUGCAGUAGUCGAGACGGGAGAUGAAUGCUUGGAUCAGGGUUUCAGCCGCAGAUGUAGUGGUGGAAACAGGGUGCCGUCCAGGACAACACCAAGGUUGAGGCAGAGACAGUGGUAUCUGGAUGUUGAAGUGAUGGAGCAUCUGACCAAGGGGGAGGAUGUAGAUGAAGAGUAAGGGGCCCAGCACAGAGCCCUGGGGGACACCCUGUGUAACUGCAGCUGUGUGAGGUAUGGCCAUUGAGGGAGAUGUAGUGGGUCUGGUUGGUGAGGUAUGAUUGUAGCCAGGAGAGUGCCCUCAACACCCAGACCCUCAAGCCUGGUGACCAGGACUUGUCGGCUCACCGUGUCAAAGACAAUCAGGAUGUUGAGGGCACCGGCAUCAGCAGAGGUUAGGUCAUUGAUGACUUUGAGGGGGUGGAAACCAGACUGGAUGGGCUCAAAUAGGUUAUUGUUCAGGAGGUGGGUUUGUAGUGGAGAGGCAACUGGCCUUUUCAAGUGAUUUAGCGAGGAAGAGGAGGUUGGAGAUGGUACGAUAGUCAUUGAGGAAUCUAGUCCGGGCUUCUUUAGGAUGGGGGGACUGCAGCAGUUUUGUACAUGGACAGGACAGCUCCAUGGGUGAGGUUGAUGAUGUGAGAGAGGUUGAUGAUGUGGGUAAGAUAUGGACAGAGAGCUGGCAGGCUUUGAUGAGAACAGUGGGGAGAGGAUGCUGGGAGCAAUUGUAGUCCAGGGUGACAUGUCAAGUUGAGACAUAUAUUGAGAAUCAAUAGGGGGGCCGAAUGUGGAGAGUCGGGUUUCAGGGGUACGAGUUGAGGAGGUUGACGGGGAGGGGCGGUUGAGGCAGAUUUAUCAGUCAGUGUUUAGUUUAAUCUUGUCCUUGAAAAAAAACUGAAGGAAGGAGUUGCAGAGUUCAGUCAAGGGAGUAGAGAAGGUGUGGUCACAGGGCUGAAGUAGUUUCUUGACAGUGGGGAACAGAGUCUGGGGAGUCUUAUUUGAGCUGUUGAAGUAGGUAGACCUGGCAGCACUGAGGCCAUCUCUGUAGGUGGAGAGGUGGAGUUUGUAGGCCUCAGCGUGGACGGUGAGCUCAGGCUCCAGCCAGCUUGUUUCAGAGCACGAAGUUCAUGGGCAAACCAGGGAUGAGGAGGAUGAGACGGGUUCAGUUUUGGAGGGAGGCCAGAGAGUUGAGGGGGACAUAUAUAGAGCAGUGUUUAAUUGGGCUGCAGAUGUCACCAGGAGAGAAGCCUUACAUAUGACUGACGCACAUUCUUCAUGGAGCCUUAUCAGUAAUGGUAGAUCUGCGGAGAAUAAAGUUACCCAAAAUUCCAUUCACAGAAGAAGUGUGGGACAUUCUAAAAUGCUUGUGAUCUCCCAACGAUGGCUUAAUGUGACUUAAGGACGUAAAAUCAACAUGGGGGGGGAAUCCAGGGUUAACUGAGUAAUGUUGCUAACAUUUGUGUAAAAGGAGAAAAUGUCAUACAAGUAUUGAUACAUAUUUGAAUUCAAUCUAUUAAAGAUGAUAUAUGGAA